UUUGGCGAAAGUGGCGCUUUUUCAAAUUCUGCGCCAAAAACCGGCAAAUUUUGCCCAUUUCUUGCCCAUUUUUGGGAAAUUAAUACAAUUAUGUUGCGUGUUAUCACAAAUUGUGUGUUUGUGUGCGUUUUUUGUGUCUUUUUGCCAAUUUUAUCAGUUUCGUAAUGACACUGAUAAUGGCAUAGUGUGCUGCUGUCAGCGUGAUAUUCUAGGUUAGUUUAGUUGUGGCGUCCGUCGUUAGGGGCGCUGGCGCAUCGGCGUCGUCAGCUGUCAUUUAAAAAUUGACAUUUAUGUAAAUAAUCAUCAAUAAAGCCUCUAUAAAUGUAAAAAACGGUCAUGUCGGGCUACAAACGCGUCAAUUUCUACGAAUUGUGUCGAUUAUGUGCCACAAACCAGCAAAAAGACAAAACGCACAUCUUCCAGGAAGAGGGCCGCAAAAUCCAGCUCCAAACAAAAAUCCAAAGCUGUCUCUCCCUCACUGUCUGCGAGAACGACUUUUUACCCAAAGUCGUUUGCUCCAAAUGCCUCCGAACGCUCGAAGUUUGCUAUUCGUUCCGGCAAGAGUGCGUCAGUUCCGAGAGCAUGCUCUCAAGCUAUUUCAAAAAUUUCAGGUAUACGGAGGAUUUUAAAAAAUCGGGCAAGGUCUACAUCAAGGACACGGCCACCAAGACCGCGCCCCCUGAGCCCCCAACCUUCACCGAAGUCAAACCGGUGGAAAACGUGCCCUUCUACACCCUACAACUACCGGCAAUUGUGACCAAUCAACCGGUCAAAGCGGAAAAAAUCGCCCCCAUGAUGGGGGCCAUCAAAACAGCCCCCCGAAACGAAAUGAGCAACGUGGUGGUGAACGCCAACGGCGAAGUCCUAAAUAUCGCCCAAUUGGUUGAUUUUGAAUCGCUGAUUAAUCAAGCCGGCUUGCAACAACAAAAGAAAUGCGUCACCAAGGCGACUAAGAAAGACAAGGAGGACCCGAUUAUUAAAAUUGAUCUCACAACGACCAGCGAAUCAAAUUAUGACACGGGUCAAAAAAAUAAAAAUCCAAAUAAAUUCGCAUACGCGAUCAAAGUCGAAGAAAAAUUAAAUAAUCCAUCGGUGAUUUUCAAUAAUUUGCCCGAAUUUAAUCAAAAUGCUGCGUUCAAUGGUUAUAAUAAUAGUCUGUACACCCCUGGUGUUGUGGCGACACCUAGCGUUGUUUGUAAUACAGUGGAGCCAUCUACUGUUAAUUUGAACGUAUUAAGCCAGGAUUUGAACCAGCCAGCGGCGCAGCCCUACCAACAUAAAGUGGUGGCCGAAGAAAUGGCCCCAACUCAGGUGAAUAACAACAAUCAAAUAAUCAAGUCGCACGUGUGUGAGAUUUGUCAGAAGAGUUUCAAAAGAAGGGAACAUUUGUACCAACAUGUUAAGUUACAUACGGGUUUUCGUCCGUACACUUGCGAGAAUUGUAAUAAGAGUUUUAUGCGCAAGGAGCAUCUCCUAAGGCAUAUGACGUCACACAGUGGGCAGAAAAAUUUUACGUGUAAUAUUUGCGAUAAGAGUUUUUCGCGCAAUGAUAAUUUGCUGAAGCAUAAGAAAACGCACGAUAAACAGGCGAGUUAUACGUGCGAUAUUUGCCAGAAGCAGUUUGUGAUGAAGCACUAUUAUCUGGCGCAUAAAUUGACGCAUGAUAGCGAUAGGUGUAGUCUGGCGAAUGUUUGGAAUGUGUUAAAGACGUAGAAAAAAGCUUUAAUUGUAUAAUCUCAAGGUACAAAACUUAGUAUUGUUUUUAUUUAUUUAUUUAUUAGGUGCGUAACGACCAAUGAAAUUAAAAAGCUAGUCCUUUUAUUUAUUACUAUCAUAAGGUUUUUUUUGUAAAUAUGAUGUGUUUGAGUUUAAUAAACUAGACUGAAAAUUA